AUCAACUAGGGGAGCUCCAGUCUCUGGAGAGAAGCGCGAACAGUUUCGCUCACUUCGCUCCCAAGUUGAUCGGUUUAGCUGACUAUAGGCCAUUUAAGAUAGACCAGAGCUCUCAGCUCUACGAUCCGGACUGUCAGAGCCUUCGAGGCAUCAGGAGUAGCUUCUAUUUGCCAUCACUCCCAAGCGCCACAGGACCUCAAGAGACUGAAUCUAGAAUUUCCAAUUCUAGACUUCACAGAGUCGUGGGUGGAUUUUUAGGUGCGGAAAAUGGGAGGAGAGGAGGAGAGAAAAUUGUUCAUCUUGGAUCUAUCAGCAGCAUUUUUUUUGCUGUGGAUCGUUCUCGUAGAUGCCCGAGUUUUAGAGAAGGGAGAUACAGAGACCUUGACCUUCUACGUGCACGGACGAAAUGAGGCAGCAAUUGUUGCAAGUCGAGGUGAGGAGACCCAUGACUUGAGCGCUAUGGCGGCCGAAGGCAGCUUCGUCUUCGACAACGAUGUCACCGAAGGGUCCGAGCUGACGUCCAAGCACUUAGGAAGAAGGCAAGGCGUUGCAAUUCCGGACGGCUCGGACGUGGACAAGAUCUAUCUCGUGUCCACGGUCGUCCUCGAGCAUCACGAGAAGUACCGGGGAGCUCUGCAAGUCCAGGGGGUAGAAUCGGGCGAUGGUGACCGUGGGAUCCCCAUAGUCGGUGGAACGGGAGAUUUUCAGGGAGCCAGAGGGUACGCUAAGACGUGUCUGCAUACUUCCGAGCCAAAUCCGGUCAUGAAACAAAGCAUCGUGCUCUACAAAUGUUCUUUCAAGUACAAGCACUCGGUGGAAAAGAAGAAUUGCAACGAGACAAGCGCUGCCACAACUGCCAAGGAUCUCGAGGCAUGACUGACUUAACGUUUUCGAAUCAGCUCGUCGGGUUCUGAAGAUUAAGAAGCUCGUGAAUCAGGUAAGGAAGUGAACAAUUACUGGACAGCUUCAUUUAUUUCGUCAAACUUCCAUUCAAGUACACAGGACCCAGAACAGGCUGUUCAGGAGGAACAAAGAGAGAGCAGUGCGCCAUGAUUGUAGCUGUUGAUGUUUAGUUCGUGGAGAUUCUUCACGAGGCGAUUCACGGAUAGAAAAAUCUCUUACAAGUAUUUCGAAAAGUACGAAUAAACGGCUUUUGAUGAAGCUAUUUCCCUUUA